AUGAGCUCCUUCGACCUUCCAGCACCCUCCCCCACUCGCUGCAGCCCCCAGUUCCCCAGCAUCGGCCAGGAGCCCCCCGAGCUGAACCUUUACUAUGAAAACUUCUUCCACGCACAGGGCGUGCCCAGCCCUCAGCGGCCCCCCUCCUUUGAGGGGGGUGGCGAGUUUGGGGCCACCCCCAACCCCUACCUCUGGCUCAAUGGUCCAGCCAUGACCCCACCACCUUACCUGCCUGGCACCAACGCCAGCCCCUUCCUGCCCCAGGCCUACGGCAUGCAAAGGCAGCUGCUGCCCAGCGUGUCAGGGCUGGGGGGCAGCGACCUGGGCUGGCUGCCCCUCCCCUCGCAGGAGGAGCUGAUGAAGCUGGUGCGUCCCCCCUACUCCUACUCGGCCCUUAUUGCUAUGGCCAUCCACGGGGCGCCCGACAAGCGCCUCACCCUGAGCCAGAUCUACCAGUAUGUAGCUGACAGCUUCCCCUUCUACAACAAGAGCAAGGCGGGCUGGCAGAACUCCAUCCGCCACAACCUGUCGCUCAACGACUGCUUCAAGAAGGUGCCCCGCGAUGAAGACGACCCAGGCAAAGGGAACUACUGGACCCUGGAUCCCAACUGUGAGAAAAUGUUCGACAAUGGGAAUUUCCGCAGGAAGAGAAAGAGAAAGUCAGAUGCUUCCUCUAGCUCCGGCUCCUCAGAGAAGGCAGAGAACAGCCUCCUGGCAGGCACCCCCAAGGCCACAGAGCCUCAGGACAUCUUGGACAGUGUCUCACCAGGUGCCACCAGCUCCCCAGAGAAGCAGUCCUCCCCAGCCCCCUCGGGUGCCCCAUGCCUCAACAGCUUCCUCUCCACCAUGACAGCCUAUGUGAGCGGGACAAGCCCCAUGGGCCGCCCCGUGGCCACGCCAGGACUGAGUCCAGAGCCCUCUGACAAGAUGGGGCAGAACUCUCUGAGCUUCAACUCCUAUACCCCACUGACCAACCUCAGUGGUCACAGCCACGGGGGCGGGGGAGAAUGGGCCAACCCCAUGCCCACCAGCGCUCUCGGCUAUGGAGGCUCUGUACUCAACCAGUUCAGCCCCCACUUCUACAACAGCAUCUACCCCAGGGAGGGCACCGAGGUCUAG